AGGGCGAAAUAGGCUGCGAAAUGCACUGCUUCUCUCGUUAUCCUGCGAAAGCAAUGGAAAAUCCUGAGGUCAUUGUUAGCAGCUGCAGCUCACAUGACGAUGAAUACAGCUACAAAGGACAACCUUCAAUCUGUCAGGAAUUGCUUUUGGAAGACCAGCUGAGAAGGAAACUUAAAUUCUUCUUCAUGAACCCUUGUGAAAAAUUCUGGGCCCGAGGGCGAAAGCCCUGGAAACUUGGGAUUCAAGUUCUGAAAAUAGUGAUGGUUACCAUCCAGCUGGUAUUUUUUGGGUUAAGUAAUCAAAUGGUGGUUGCUUUUAAAGAAGAAAACACAGUGGCUUUUAAACAUCUCUUCCUGAAAGGCUACACGGACAGAAUGGACGACACCUAUGCAGUGUAUACACAAGUGGAUGUCUAUGAUCAGAUCUUCUUUGCAAUAAAUCGGUAUUUACAGCUGCGCAGCAUAUCUGUUGGAAAUCAUGCAUAUGAGAAGAAAGGAGCAGAAGAGACAGCCAUGGCAAUAUGCCAGUACUUCUACAAACGAGGCACCAUUUGCCCUGGAAAUGAUACUUUUGAUAUUGAUCCACAAAUUGAAACUGAAUGUUUUUAUGUGGAGCCAAUGCAGCCACUGGAUAAUGGGACACUGAGGAGGAGCGCUUUCAACUUCACUCUUGACUUCCAUAGACUUGUGACUGUGCAGCUCACGUUCAAACUGAAGGCCAUCAAUCUUCAGACGGUUCGUCACCACGAACUUCCAGAUUGCUAUGAUUUUACCCUGACAAUAGUGUUUGAUAACAAAGCACAUAGUGGAAGAAUUAAAAUAAGCCUCGACAAUGAUAUUGCAAUCAAGGAAUGUAAAGAAUGGCAUGUUUCUGGAUCAAUACAGAAGAAUACUCACUACAUGAUGAUCUUUGAUGCUUUUGUCAUAUUGACAUGUUCAGCAUCACUGGUUCUUUGCACACGAUCUGUGAUUAAAGGAAUUCGUCUACAAAGGGAAUUUGUGGCCUUUUCCCUGCAUCAUUAUAAUAAAGAAAUAUCUUUCAGCGAUCAGAUGGAAUUUGUCAAUGGAUGGUAUAUCAUGAUCAUUGUUAGUGAUGUCCUAACUAUAAUUGGUUCUACGCUGAAGAUGGAAAUACAGGCAAAGAGUCUAACAAGCUAUGAUGUCUGCAGUAUCCUUUUGGGCACCUCUACCAUGCUUGUGUGGCUUGGAGUGAUUCGCUACCUAGGUUUCUUUCAGAAAUAUAAUCUACUGAUUUUGACUCUACGUGCGGCACUGCCCAAUGUAAUUCGAUUCUGCUGUUGUGCUGCUAUGAUUUAUUUGGGCUAUUGUUUCUGUGGCUGGAUUGUGCUCGGUCCAUAUCAUGUUAAGUUCCGUUCUUUGAAUAUGGUUUCGGAAUGUCUCUUCUCUUUAAUAAAUGGUGAUGACAUGUUUGCUACGUUUGAAAAGAUGCAGCAGAAAAGCUAUUUGGUUUGGUUAUUCAGUCGGAUCUACCUCUACUCUUUCAUUAGUUUGUUUAUCUACAUGGUGCUGAGUCUCUUCAUUGCUCUUAUUACAGACACAUAUGAAACUGUUAAGCAUUACCAGCAAGAAGGCUUUCCAGAGACAGAACUCCAUGCAUUUAUAGCACAGUGCAAAGAUCUACCGAACUCAGGAAGGUACCGAUUAGAAGAAGAGAGCCCCAUAACACUCUUCUGUUGUUGUAAAAGGUCUUAAACAUAUUGACAAGAGUAUUUGGAAACUCCUGGAUUACACACUCAUUGCGAUUUCUGUACACAAUACACAAAACUCCACUGUAAUGUUCUUGCAGCAUUUAAAUGGUAAACUUUUAACCUAUGACUGUGUAACUUUUUUGAUAACUCUGAGUUCCAGUUAAU